AUGGGUUCCGGGCCGAACGACACGAUGACGUCCAAGGGCGGCGCCGGCAGCGGCAGCGGCGGCGGCAUGAACGCGUCCAGACGGGGGGCCAGCGGCGGCGCGCUGAACGCCUCGCGAGGCAGCAGCUCCGGGCUCCCCACGAACCGCGCGGCGUUGUUACGAGCCGCGGAGAAGAAACGCGCGAACGAGGCGGGGUACCACGGCCGCGAGAACCCUGCGAAGACGAGCGACUUGCCUCCGUUCUGGAGCACGAGCAAGCACGGCGUGCCGUACAACGAGGGCGACCCGAUGGAGAUUGCAAAGGGGGGCGCUCGCCCGGGCGGCGCCAACGCGGGCGUGUUUAGUAAAUCGCUCGUCCGAGCCUCCGUCUCCGCGGGGCUGUCCGUCUCCGCGUCCUUGGGGCCCGCGCAGAUGAAACUGAACGACCUGCGGAAGGCGUUGGAGAGUCCGCACUCGCACAUGGGGCACGAGGAGCGCGUGCGGGCGAUCGCGAAGCUGCCGCCGUACGAACACAUAGUCGCGCUCGUGAAGGGAUUAGGCGCGUUCUAUACACUGGUCCCCAUACGACCGCGUUGGCGUGGUGAACGCCGUUCCUUAAGGACUUUGCCCGGCGCAUCUCUCCGCCCACCCCUCGGUUUCAAUCCCCGCCCUCGACGCCUUUCAACUCCGCUUCUGACGCCUUUCAACUCCACCCCGACGUUCGCUCGUAUGGAAUGGCCCUUAGACCGGGACCCGUACGACACGACGAAGGGCCCGUGGACCGGGGACAAACCCGAGGUUUGGAAGAAAGAUCCGGAGCGGUGCGUCCGACGCGCGGUCGUCGCGCUCGAGGCGCGCAUGCGCGAAUCCCUCGCGCGCGUCGUCGCCGCGGAGAACAAGAAGGCGUUAUCGCCGUGCUACACGGAGAAAGAUUUCCUCAUGCGCGUGUUCCAACGGGUGGACAAGAAUCGCCACGGGCGCUUCACGGGCGACUGCGACCUCGCGAUGUUUCUCCAGGCGUGGGGCAGCGCGCCGCCGGAGCCGGACGACGCGGACGACGACGAGAACGAAAACGAGAAGAACGAGUUCGCCGGGCCCGCGAGCGUGGCGUCGAUCGCGUCGACGCCGAAGCCGACGGAGGCGCGUUCUAUCUCGCACUGGUCCCCAUACGACCGCGUUCGCGUGGUGCACGCCGAUCCUUAA